UAUUUUCGAGGUCUGUCUUUCGAUUCAAGGUGUGGUUUUAUUUUACCAAGAACUUUUGCAUUUCUACCGAAGGAGCAUUUCGUAGAGUUCCACUGAACUUACCAAAGAGAGCCUGAUUUAGCGCGAGCCUAUUAAGUGUAAACUAAAAUGACCGGACGGCUACCAGCCUGUGUGAUCGAUGUAGGAACUGGCUACACCAAGCUUGGUUUCGCGGCGAACAAGGAACCUCAAUUUAUCAUUCCUUCCGCAAUUGCUAUUAAGGAGUCGGCCAAAGUCGGUGACCAGAGUGCUCGGCGGGUUACCAAAGGGGUGGAAGAUCUGGACUUUUUCAUCGGGGAUGAAGCGUUCGAUGCCACGGGGUAUUCGGUGAAGUAUCCGGUGCGCCAUGGAUUGGUCGAGGACUGGGACUUGAUGGAGCGGUUUCUCGAGCAGUGCAUCUUCAAAUAUUUGCGCGCCGAACCAGAGGACCAUCACUUUCUGCUUACGGAGCCACCGCUCAACACGCCGGAAAACCGUGAAUACACCGCCGAGAUCAUGUUCGAAACGUUCAACGUCCCGGGCCUUUACAUUGCGGUACAGGCUGUGCUGGCGCUGGCCGCCAGCUGGGCCUCGCGUCCCGUGCAGGAGCGUACCUUAACGGGCAUCGUAGUGGACAGUGGGGACGGCGUAACUCACGUCAUUCCAGUCGCAGAAGGCUACGUGAUUGGAUCGUGCAUCAAACACAUUCCGAUUGCGGGCCGCAACAUUACCUCCUUCAUCCAGAGCUUGCUGCGCGAGCGUGAAGUCGGCAUACCGCCUGAGCAAAGUUUGGAAACGGCAAAAGCAAUCAAGGAACGUUACUGUUACAUCUGCCCGGACAUUGCGAAAGAGUUUGCGAAGUACGAUUCGGAACCAGCCAAGUGGAUGCGCCAUUACGAAGGCAUAAAUGCGAUUACCAAGAAUCCCUUCGGAGUGGACGUUGGAUACGAGCGGUUCCUGGGACCCGAAAUCUUUUUCCAUCCGGAGUUUUCAAAUCCGGACUUUACGACGCCCCUGUCGGAAAUUGUCGAUACGGUCAUUCAAAAUUGUCCAAUCGAUGUGCGGCGACCGCUGUACAACAACAUCGUCCUUAGUGGCGGAUCAACAAUGUUCCGCGAUUUCGGUCGCAGAUUGCAACGCGAUAUCAAGCGAAGUGUUGAUGCACGUUUGAGAAUCAGCGAGAAUUUGAGUGAAGGAAGAAUCAAGCCUAAACCGAUAGAUGUUUCGGUUAUCUCCCAUCAUAUGCAACGAUACGCGGUUUGGUUUGGUGGUAGCAUGCUUGCUUCUACGCCGGAGUUCUACCAGGUUUGCCACACCAAAGCCGCUUACGAGGAGUACGGGCCGGGCAUCUGUCGUCACAAUCCCGUUUUCGGUACCAUGACAUAGUUCAAUUUGCUGCGAGAAACUAACAAAAUGAGACACCAUAACAAAACAAGGUGCACUUCCGGACAUUAUGUACCAAACUAAUCUGCGAUCCGUGGAUUACUGAGUCCCAAUUAUUUUCCAUUGAUUCUUCAGUAUUCUCAAUGAGCUAACGAAAAUUGCAUCAGUCAGCUUUGUCGGCAUUUGUUUGCCUUCAAGAGACCGACGAGGAUAAAAAUGUAUUUUAAAACACGUAAUGCAAGCAAAGUGUCAAUAGCAUAAAUUUAAAGUUCAACUUAUCUCUCGAUCUUUCCUUUGUUGCACAAAACCCGUUGGUUACUUGAUUAACCUACCGAAGGCGAUUAACUAA